AUGGCAGAAGGAAAAAAAAACAAUCAUAAUCGUGGUCGUCGCAAAUCACACAUAAAGCAAGACGUCAAACAAAGGAAAAGGAAGAAAAAAAACAUCAAAUCUAACCCCCAGUUCGUUGGCUCCGUCCGCAAGACCAAAGAAUCAAACAACCGAUAUCGGGAGAUCGCUUAUCUUCUUGGUGUUGCUCUAUUUGGAGGAAUUGUGGCUGGGCGCGUGCUGGAAGCGAAUGCGACGGGUGGACCCGGAGUCGAGGUGGUCACACUCCGGACAAGAUUGGAGACAGGUGGAAAGAACCCUGCUAAUGAGCAUUGA